CAUUCUCCUCAUGCUGGGCUCCCCGGCGUCUCCUAGAAAACGUCCCUUUGAGCUGCUCAGCGACCUGGUGGACGACGGGGGAUUCGGAGAAGAUCUCCUGCUCUCCGAGCGCUGGGACGUCUCCGCGCUGGACGAGAUGGCCCGAUACACCCGGCUGGGCCUCGGGGUGGGGGGGGAGCUGCUGGCCUGCUCCGAGGAGGCGGUGCUGAUGAACCGCUGGGAAGAGGAGGAAGAGGAGGAGGAAGAGGAGGAGGAGGAAGCCGUACAGGCAGGGAGGGAGGAACUUCUUCCUGUUUCCACAACCGAGAGGGAUUUAAGUGUCGCUGGGAAGGAUGGAGGAGUUUCUAAGGAGGUGUAUCAGGUGGCGCAGGAGGAAGAGGAGGCGGCGGCCGCUGGUUUGGCGUUGGAGCAUUGCAGCGAAGAGCAUAAUUACUCUCUGAGCAAGGGGGAGGAGCUGGGGGCGGGGCCUAAUGUCCCCCAAUCAGACAGGGACGAGGUGCAGGAGGAGCAGGAGAAGACUGAGAUACAUCUGGAGGAGGAGGAAAAGGGGGACAAAGAAGAGGAGGAGGAGGAAGAAGAGGAAGAUGAGGAGGAAGAGGAGGAGACGGCGCUGGAAGCUGAGCUCUCCAGCUCCUCAGAAACUGAAUGUGACGAGACCUCAGACCUCCUGCUGAGACUGGCCGAGGAACAUUAAAUACCAAAGAAGUUGUGGAUGUAAUUCCCGGAGAACGUGAAACUGUGAUGAAUCAGCUCUGAGGGUUGGAAGGUCUUCAUGUGUCUCAGUACCAUCUGCAACACUCUUUGGAAAU